AUCAUACUUAGUCUUAUCAGUUUGUUGUAGGUAAGAAAGCAUAUUUGUAGUAAAAGAAAAUAAUUUGCACAUGUUAAAUGUCUCAACUAGUAUUUUGUUAUGUUGUUUCUUCCAGGUCUUGAAGUUAUAAUGGGGGGAGACACAUAUCUUAAUAAUUCAAAUUUAACACGUUUUAUGACUAUUCUGACCAUGGAAUCAUUGGACAUACCUCCAUCCAGUGCUUCUUCAAUAUUCGUUUUUGGUAUCAUCACAUACUGUUUAAUUUUGUUCUUCCAGUCCAUACUACUUGUGACUAUUGUUGUAAAAAGGGAUCUGCAUAAACCAAUGUACAUACUGCUGUUUAAUUUGUCUCUAUGUGACCUUAUGGGAGCUACGGCUUUUUUCCCACAAAUGGUUUGCAGUAUACUGUCUCAGAGCAGAGAAAUAUCCUACCCUGCCUGUGCGUUACAAGGCAUCCUAAUUCACCUCUAUCUAUGUGGAUCAGUCUUAUUUCUAUCUGUUAUGGCGUAUGACAGAUACGUUGCCAUUUGUAAGCCUUUGAGAUACCACAAUCUGAUGACACAAGGUACCUUGGUGAAACUUAUUUUUAUGGUCUGGUCCAUAGAUGUUGUUAUAAUUGGGUCUGUAUUUACACUCACAAUGAGCAAAGAAAUUUGCAGGACAAAUAUAGUGGACAUGUACUGCAAUAAUCCUUCUUUAAUGAAGUUAAGCUGUGAAGAUAUGAGAGCAAGUAACUAUUAUGGCUUGUUUACUAUAGCUCUUAUACAAGGCUCUUCCAUACUGAUAGUGUCAUUAUCAUAUAUCAAAAUCCUAAUGAUCUGUAUUUCUACAAAACAGGAAAAAUCUAUAAGCAAGGCAAUGCAAACCUGUGGGACGCAUUUAAUUGUUUUUAUGAGUUUUGAGAUUAACUCAUUCUUUGCACUGAUUUCACACAGGUUAGAUGCAGUAUCUCCACACUUAAGAAGGGCCUUUGGUGUUUCAAUUGUUAUCUUUCCUCCCAUUCUUAACCCUCUAAUUUACGGGUUGAAAACAAGGGAAAUUCGACAAGCAGUGUUUACAUUUUUACAAAGAAAGAUUUCUUCUAUCUAA